CAAUAUGUCUUCUUCUAAGUUUUUCUCCUUGCUUGCUCCGACCACAGAUGAUCUAUCUAGUUUUUUCUUUCCCUCUUUUUCUAUAGCCAUCGGACUCCUACUAUGCUGGCGAAUAUGGCGCUUCUCAAUCCGACCCUUGCUUCAUCCGGAUGACCCAAAGGAGCUACCUUACUGGAUCCCGUGUGAGAAGUCAUCCCAAUCCUGCAACAGAAAAGUCUUAAUUCCUAAAUAGACUGACUCCGAAAUACUCUAGUUGUCGGACAUGCUAUCUCCUUCUUUAUUGACUUCAAUGGAUCAUUGGAAAAUGCUAUGUAGGUUCCCCCCGACGACAACAGCAAGUCACCUAAUUGAAUCCCUUAGUAAAAAGAACGGAAGCUCUAAGGAGCCGUUCGCCAUUACUAUGGCCGGUAAACCCAUCUACUUGCUCACCAACCCGAAGGAUAUUGCGGAAACCUAUCGCCACGAGGAUACCCUGUCCAUGGACAUGGUAGUGAAGGACCUGUAUUCACGCACCGGAAUCUCGAUGGACAAGGUCAAUCGACUUUUCAUCGCCAACCCGGAAUCGCCGCAUAACAAAGGACUCCCGCGUCCCCUCCACUAUAUUGACAUUUCGAUGGAAUACUUUCGCUGGGAGCUGUCCCCGGGAGAAUCGCUAGAUCGCUUUGUCAACGAAGCCGCUAUUCCCGCAAUUCUGAAGGCAUUCGAUUUUGAUCGUACUCCGGCCCAUUCAGCAGUCCUACACAACGAUAGUGACGAUUCUCUCGUAGUUUCGUUAGAGCAUCUAUGUAUCGAAGCUCUUAUCAGUGGUGUAGUAGACAUUUAUUACGGCCCAGCCCUCUGGAAGAUAAACCCGGAUUUCGUGCACUCGUUUAUGAUGUGGGAACGCGUUAAUUGGAAGUACAUUUUCCAGCUACCGGGUUUCUUGAGUAAGGAUAUGCUGGAAGCAAAACGUGACUUGGUCGAUACGUUUGUCACUUACUUCGAAAUGGACCGCACCGAACGGGACUGUGGUAAUCUCUUUGUAAACUCUGUAGAAGAUACGCUUCGGGAGGCAGGAAUGGGCAAUGAGGAGAUUGGAAGAAUAUUCUUUUUACACUCUUGGGCGAUUCUAGGAAAUAUGUAUAAGACUGCGUUCUGGAUAAUUGCACACCUGGUCUACAACCCGAGCUUACUUGAAGCAAUCCGCAUUGAGGUUACGCCGGCUAUAACUAAAGGAGAGGUUGAUCAUCAGUAUCUGUCAAAGGACUGCAUUUUGCUUGACUCGCUUUAUGCAGACGUACUUCGCGCUACAAUGAGCAGUCCUAUGGUUCGUGACAUAACAGAAACUACUACAAUAGGAGGGAAAAAGCUGCGAAAGGGGAAUAGAAUUAUGGUAUCCUAUCGUCAGCUGCACUUGAACACUGACGUUUGGGGACCAACUCCCGAACUGGUACAACCAGAUCGAUUUUUGCGAGACAAAAGCCUCAAGACAAACAAUAGCUACCGACCUUGGGGAGGUGGCAGCACACUCUGUCCUGGUAGAUUCUUUGCGAAGAAGACAAUCUUCACUUUUAUCUCUGUACUGCUUGUUCGAUAUUCAGCUAUUCACAUCAAGGAAGAAACAGUAGGGGAUAAUAAAGGUGGCCGUAAACCAGCAUUUCCGCGUGCUGACUUCUCCAAGCCGAUUCCGGGGAUCGUGUCUCCUAUGAUGGGUGAUGAUAUCAGUCUGAUACUUCGUGAAAGCGACUGA